CACGCGCCAGGCCACCGUUACCUAGCAAAGGAAGAGACGCGGCCUCUGCCCCAGUAACUGCGGUUUGGGGACUCUGACCCCAGGCUCGGCGGUGAGCUACAGGAGCGGGCGCUGGGUGUGCUACAGCCUUCGUCGGUCUCGCAGUUUUCACUGGAUACAAAUGGAGUCCAGAUAUCUUCGAAAGUUCCUUGGCCAAUGCCUGAGUCAAGCACUUGCAGAUGUGGUCAAGUUUCAACCAGUAGACCCAAUUGAGUACUUAGCCUUCUGGCUUUACAAAUAUAAGAAAAACAUGGUUGCAGAAAAAAUGCGGCAAAUGGAACUGACUCAGUUGCAGGGAGAGCAAGAAUUAGCUAGGAUAGAGGAGGAAACAUCAAAACAACUGAAAGAAGAGGAGCUGUUGUUUCAACAGCAACAGCUAGAGCUGGAAAUGCAAGAAAAAGAGAGGCAGAGACUUGAAGAGUUAGAGAAGCAAAAACUUGACAUGGAAAUGCAAGAAAGAGAAAGGUUGUUCUUGGAACAGCUAGAGGAGCCAGAGUCAUCCCAGGUGGAGCAAAGUGGGGAAGAAGAGCAUGUAGCAGAAAUUCCGAUAGAAGUGGAUGGCUUAAAUAAGACGUUAGCUGAAAUUAGCAAUAAGUACGGAGCACCUAACUUAAGUCGAGUUGAAGAAUUAGAUGAAACGACUAUUUCUGAAGCAGGAUUAGAGUCUGACAGAGACGGCAAAGAGCAAUGAGCAUCAGCCAAACAUAUAUUUUUGCUUGUUACUUACAGCUUUCAAUAAAGAAAAUCCCAAGUUA